AUGCAGUCUAACCCCGACUACAGGCCUCACACCGCAAACGACCGCCGCCGUUACGUCGAGCAGGUCCAGCUCGGCGCCCCCAUCUUGUUCUUCACGCAGGGCUCGACGCUCGGCAUUCCUCUGCGAGACGCUCUUGCUAGUCGGUUCAUGCACCUCGAUGGCCGUGACGAUCCCAUGUUCGCAGACCGCGGGCCGUCUGUGCAUAUUAGACUAGUCUGGCCGGGCUAUGCGCAUUGGAGCAGGCAGAUUCCCACCAGAGACUUCCGGAGUCCUCCCCAGCCAGUAACACGCGCGAAGCUUGCACGCAACGUUGCAAAGACCAUCAAGCGGUUCAUCAUCGAAAUGACGGAUCGCCGGAUGGAGGACGAGGCGGAGGCGAAGUGGCGUGUUGGUGGCAGACACAUCAGAGUUGAAGACCUGGUGCUGGUGGGCCUACAACACGUCUCCAUGGGCUCGUGGCAGGCUCACGUCCGCGUGGUGUGGAGGCAGUGA